AUGGGGGGUGGGAGCAGGCUCUCAGUCCUGCUGGAAUCUAGGCCUGGGGAGGGCAGCUUGCUGGAGGUCAGCUGUGGAAACACAGGAAGCUGGACUCAUGUCCUCAUGUCCCUGCUGCGGUUCCUGGAAUUAGAUAUGCCCACUGCGUCCACCUCACGCUGCCUUGGUCACAAGAACCGGGGCCAGGCUGAGUUGGGUCUCGGGGCCGGGAGACAGCCUGAGUGGGAGGUGGAUGGACGUGGCAACGAGGUCCGGGCAGGGAAGUCACUGCCACCCCCAUGGGACGCCCUCCUUGGGAGCAGGAAGUUCCCGGCCCUCUGGCUCUGGGAGCUGCUGCCCCAGAGACCGGCUGGCCCUGUAGCCGCAGGUGGCACCCUGAUCAGCGCCACUGCCCCCGGGGGGGAUCGGGUGUCGGAGGGAGCCCCCUCUUCCUCUCUGGCUGGGAUGGACGCCAACACACAAGCCCACCCCAUCCAGGGACACUUGGACUCCCACCCAGGCCCGAACCACUGGGGAGGGCUGCUUGGUCUGAGGCCAGAGCCGGGCGCCAGCGGCCGGCCUGGUCCUGGGCACAUGCAGGUCACAGCUCUGACCUAUUUGACCUGGGCCCUGGGCAGCGGAUUGGCGAUUCACAGCCAACCCCGUGGGGACACGUGCGGCCUGGGCCAUCACACAGGCGUCUCCGUGAGCGUGGCCCAGACAGCCUCGUGGCCCGGUCUUCAGAGGAAGUCAGCAAACACUGCAGAAUCUGCAUGGACGUCAAAGGUCCUCAGAUAUCCGGAUCAACUGACAAAGAGUGAGGGCGCUGCCGCCGGCGCGGGAAGUACCGCGGCGAUCUCGGGGCCAGGGCUGCGCCAGGAGCUGUGCCACGUGACAGCCCGGGACCCAGGGCGAGCCGCGUUCAGGGACCGGGCCAUGCGCGGAGCCACGCACAGCGGGAGCCUGGCGACGCCCACCGCCGUGCCGGCCCUCAGGAUGGGUGCCCAGAGCAGGUGCCGGGCCCUGGCCUGGGCCCUGGUGGUCCUGCCCUUGGUGCAGAAAGCAGACGGGAAAGUCGCACAGGGAGUGGAGGCUGGCAUGGUAGCUGUGGAGCCGAGCCCCAGCGCCACUGGGGACAUGGGGACCCCUGGGGCUGCCCCUCCCACUCCCGAAGAGGCGCCGGCUUCGGCCGAGCAUGGAGACCCCCACAGACAGACCCAGGGCAGCGCGGAGCAGAGCUGGGCGAGUCAGGAGGCUACCAUGAACGUGAGGAGGACGGCAGUCCGGGGAAGGGGCGUCCUGGCUGGUCCCUGCCCGGCCACGUUCGGGUGUGACACGGCUCACUCUGCAGCCCGGCGUGUGACCUUCAUCCCGCCCAUCACUGGCUUCCCCACCAUGAGCUCCCUGAACACGGCGCAUGGCGGGCGGGUGUGCAGCACGUGGGGCGACUUCCACUACAAGACCUUCGACGGCGACGUCUUCCGCUUCCCUGGGCUGUGCAACUACGUCUUCUCCGCGCACUGCGGUGCCGCCUACGAGGACUUCAACCUCCAGCUCCGCCGCGGCCUGGUGGGCUCCAGGCCCACGGUCACCCACAUCACCCUCAAGACGCAGGGGCUGGUACUGGAGGUCUCCAACGGGUCCAUCCUGGUCAACGGGAGGCGGGAGGAGCUGCCCUACAGCCGCGCCGGCCUCCUGGUGGAGGAGAGCAGUGCCUACGUCAAGGUCAACAUCCGGCUGAUGCUAACCUUCACGUGGAACGGAGAGGACAGCGCCCUGCUGGAGCUGGACCCCAGGUAUGCCAACCAGACCUGCGGCCUGUGCGGGGAUUUCAAUGGGCUCCCGGCCAUCAACGAGUUCUAUGCCCACAAUGCCAGGCUGACCCCUCUACAGUUUGGGAACCUGCAGAAGCUGGAUGGGCCCACGGAGCAGUGCCAGGACCCCCUGCCCUCCCCAGCUGACAACUGCACAGAUGAGGAGGGCAUCUGUCGCCACACCCUGCUGGGCCCAGCCUUUGCUCAGUGCCACAGGCUGGUGGAUGCCGAGGUGUACGUGGCCACCUGCACCCAGGACCUGUGCCGCUGCCCCACCUGCCCAUGUGCCACCUUCGCGGAGUACUCUCGCCAGUGUGCCCACGCCGGGGGACAGCCGCAGAGCUGGAGGGGCCCUGACCUCUGCCCCCAGACGUGCCCCCUGAACAUGCAAUACCAGGAGUGCGGCUCACCCUGCGCGGACACCUGCUCCAACCCUGAGCGCUCCCAGCUCUGCGAGGACCACUGCGUCGACGGCUGCUUCUGCCCCCAAGGCACGGUGAUGGACGACGUCACCCACUCGGGCUGCCUGCCCCUGCGGCAGUGCCCCUGCAUGCACGGCGGCCGCCCCUACGCCCCGGGGGCCUCCUUCGCCACCAGCUGCAGCUCCUGCACCUGCUCCGGGGGACUAUGGCAGUGCCAGGACCUCCCGUGCCCGGGCAUCUGCUCCGUCCAGGGCGGGUCCCACAUCUCCACCUAUGAUGAGAAACUCUACGACGUGCACGGGGACUGCAACUAUGUCCUAACCAAGAUAUGUGCAGGCAACGCCCUCACCGUGCUGGCCGAGCUGCGGAAAUGCGGCCUGACGGACAACGAGAACUGCCUCAGAACGGUGAUGCUGUGGUUGGACGGAGGCGACACGACCAUCCAGGUCCAGGCCAACGGCGGGGUGUUCGUGAACUCCAUCUACACGCAGCUGCCCGCGGCAGUGGCCAACGUCACCGUCUUCAGGCCGUCAUCCUUCUUCAUCCUGGUGCAGACGGGCCUCGGGCUGCAGCUGCAGGUGCAGCUGGUGCCCCUCAUGCAGGUGUUCCUCAGGCUGGACCCCUCCUACCAGGGCCAGAUGUGCGGCCUGUGCGGGAACUUCAACCAGAACCAGGCCGACGACUUCCGGACCAUCAGCGGUGUGGUGGAGGGCACGGCCGCCGCCUUCGCCAACAGCUGGAAGACCCAGGCCGCCUGCCCCAACGUCAAGAACAGCUUGGAGGACCCCUGCUCCCUCAGCGUGGAGAACGAGAACUACGCCCGGCGCUGGUGCUCUGUGCUGACCGACCCUGCUGGGGCCUUCUCAUCCUGCCACUCUGUCAUCAGCCCUGGGCCCUUCCACUCGAACUGCAUGUUUGAUACCUGCAACUGUGAGAAGAGUGAGGACUGCAUGUGCGCGGCCCUGUCCUCCUACGUGCGGGCCUGCGCCGCCCGGGGAGUGCUGCUCGUCGGCUGGCGGGACGGCGUGUGCAACAAGUACAUGAGCAGCUGCCCCAAGACCCAGAGCUACGCCUAUGUGGUGGACAGCUGCCAGCCCACCUGCCGCUCCCUAAGCCAGGCCGAUGUCACCUGCGACGUGGCCUUUGUGCCCGUGGACGGCUGCACCUGCCCCUCGGGCACCUUCCUGGACGACACCGGUGGCUGCGUGCCUGCCGAGGCCUGCCCCUGCUACUCGCAUGGCUCUGUGCUGGCUCCAGGGGAGGUCCUGCACGACAACGGCGUGGUGUGUUCAUGUGUGAGCGGGAAGCUGAGCUGCCUGGGAGCCAUGGAGCAGAGCACAGGGUGCGUGGCCCCCAUGCUGUUCCUGGACUGUAGCAACGCCUCCGCGGACACGCCCGGGGCCGAGUGUGUGCGGAGCUGCCACGUGCUGGAUGUGGACUGUUUCAGCACGCGCUGCGUGUCGGGCUGCGUCUGCCCCGCGGGGCUGUUGGCCGAUGGGAGCGGGGGCUGUGUGGCCGAGGAGGACUGCCCCUGCCUGCACAACGAGGCCGCCUACAAGCCUGGGGAGACCAUCAGGGUCGACUGUAACACCUGCACCUGCAGGGGCCGCAGGUGGGAGUGCAGCCGCCGGCCCUGCCUGGGCACCUGCGUGGCCUACGGGGACGGCCACUUCAUCACCUUUGAUGGCGAGCGCUACAGCUUUGAGGGGAGCUGUGAGUACACGCUGGCCCAGGACUACUGUGCGGGCAACGACGCCAGCAACGGGAGCUUCCGCAUCGUCACCGAGAACGUCCCCUGCGGGACCACAGGCGUCACCUGCUCCAAGGCCAUCAAGAUCUUCCUGGAGAACUAUGAGCUGAUCCUCCACGAGGGUUCCUACAAGGUGGUGCAGAGGGGGCCAGGCGGAGACCUGCCCUACAAGAUCCGUUACAUGGGCAUCUACCUGGCCGUCGAGACCCGCAGUGGCGUGGUCGUGUCCUGGGACCGGAGGACCAGCGUGUUUAUUCGGCUGCACCAGGAGUACAAGGGGAGGGUCUGCGGGCUGUGCGGGAACUUUGACGACAACGCCCUCAACGACUUCACCACGCGGAGCCAGUCCGUGGUGGGCGACGUGCUGGAGUUCGGCAACAGCUGGAAAUUCUCCCCGUCCUGCCCGGACGCCCAGGCCCCCAGGGACCCCUGCACCGCCAACCCGUACCGCAAGUCCUGGGCCCAGAAGCAGUGCAGCAUCAUCAACAGCGCCACCUUCAGCGCCUGCCAUUCUCAGGUCGACUCCACCAGGUACUACGAGGCCUGCGUGAGCGACGCGUGCGCCUGCGACUCGGGGGGCGGCUGCGAGUGUCUCUGCACGGCCGUGGCCGCCUACGCCCAGGCCUGCCGCGACGCGGGCGUGUGCGUGUCCUGGCGGACCCCGGACAUCUGCCCCCUGUUCUGCGACUACUACAACCCCCAAGGGGAGUGCGAGUGGCACUACCAGCCCUGCGGGGCCCCCUGCCUGAGGACCUGCCGGAAUCCCCGCGGGCACUGCCUGAUGGACCUGCCAGGCCUGGAAGGUUGCUACCCAAAGUGCCCACCCAGCAAGCCGUUCUUCAAUGAGGACCAGAUGAAGUGCGUGGCCCAGUGUGAGGGCUGCUACGACGAGGAUGGAAACUACUAUGAUGCCGGCACCACGGUCCCCACGGCGGAGAACUGCCGGAGCUGCGACUGCACCUCCAGAGGCCUCCAGUGCACAUACAGCCCCGCGGCCUGUACGUGCACCUACGAGGGCAGAACCUAUGCCUACGGAGACGUCAUCUACAACACGACCGAUGGGCUGGGCGCCUGCCUGAUUGCCAUCUGCAGAGACAAUGGAACCAUCGUCCGAAAGGCCGAGGAGUGUCCCGGAACCACGCCCACAAUGCCUUUCACCUUCACCAGCACUGCGGCUCCGCCCUCCACCACGGGCUCGGUCCCCACACCCUCCACCGUGUGCGUGCGGGAGCAUUGCCGCUGGUCCGACUGGUACGACAGUGGACAUCCAGAGCCGGGCAUGGAAGGGGGCGACUUCGAGACAUUCGAGAACCUGAGGCAGAGGGGCUACCAGUUCUGCCCGGCCCCAGCGCAUGUCGAGUGCCGGGCCCAGCAGUUCCCGGAUAUGCCUUUGGAGAAGCUGGGUCAGAAGGUGGAGUGUGGCCAGGCCCGGGGGCUGACCUGCCUCAACAGUGAGCAGAACCCCCCGCUCUGCCACAACUACGAGCUGAGGGUCCUCUGCUGCGACUACGUGCCCUGCAGCACCAGCCUGGCCCCGGGCACCAGCCAGCGGCCAUCCUCCCAGCCCCUGCCCACCUCCACCCAGACCACACCCACCAGAGGAACCUCCCUCCUGUCCACGGUGGCCUCCACCUCACAGACCCCAACCACCAAGUCCGCCUCAACUGUGACCCAAGUGGGCAGCAACUCUGUGGUCCUGGCCACCACCACCUGUGAGCCCCGCUGCCAGUGGACAGAGUGGUUUGACGAGGACUACCCCAAGUCCGAAAAGGCCGGAGGGGACGUCGAGUCCUACGACAAGAUCAGGCGUGCGGGAGGGGCCGUGUGCGAGCAGCCCCAGGGCAUAGAGUGCCAGGCCGAAAACUUCCCCAACGUGAGGCUGGAGGAGCUGAAUCAGCGCGUGCACUGUGACGUCAGCUUCGGCCUGGUCUGCAGGAACGACGAGCAGGUGGGCCUGUUCAAGAUGUGCUACAACUACAAAAUCCGCGUGCUGUGCUGUGGGUACAGCCACUCUCCCACUGCCAUCACAUCCCCUGCCACAGCCACCACUGCCACAGCCCCCACGGCCACCACCUCCACUGCCACAGCCCCCACUGUGGCCACCUCUACAGCCACCACUGCUCCCACGACCACCACCUCCACUGCCACAGCCCCCACGACCACCACCUCCACGGGCCCACUGUCCACCUCACACCCUGAGACCAGCACGUCGGGAAUCCCGGUGCCGACAGCCACCACCACCUGUGAGCCCCGCUGCCAGUGGACAGAGUGGUUUGACGAGGACUACCCCAAGUCCGAAGAGGCCGGAGGGGACGUCGAGUCCUACGACAAGAUCAGGCGUGCGGGAGGGGCCGUGUGCAAGCAGCCCCAGGGCAUAGAGUGCCAGGCCGAAAACUUCCCCAACGUGAGGCUGGAGGAGCUGAAUCAGCGCGUGCACUGUGACGUCAGCUUCGGCCUGGUCUGCAGGAACGACGAGCAGGUGGGCCUGUUCAAGAUGUGCUACAACUACAAAAUCCGCGUGCUGUGCUGUGGGUACAGCCACUGCGGGGAGCCCAAGCCCCCCACCACUGCCACCGCAUCCACUGCCACAGCCCCCACGGCCACCACGUCCACUGCCACAGCCCCCACUGCCGCCACCUCCACUGCCACAGCCACCAUGGCCACCACCUCCACUGCCACAGCCCCCACUGCCACAGCCCCCACGGCCACAGCCCCCACGGCCACCACCUCCACUGCCACAGCCACCAUGGCCACCACCUCCACUGCCACAGCCCCCACUGCCAUCACAUCCACUGCCACAGCCACCACUGCCACAGCCCCCACGGCCACCACCUCCACUGCCACAGCCCCCACGGCCACCACCUCCACUGCCACAGCCCCCACUGCCGCCACCUCUACAGCUCCCACUGCCACCGCAACCACUGCCACAGCCCCCACUGCCACAGCCACCACUGCCACCACCUCCACAGCCCCCACGACCACCACCUCCACUGCCACAACUCCCACUGCCGCCACCUCCACUGCCACAGGCCCCACUGCCAUCACAUCCACUGCCACAGCCCCCACUCCCACCUCUACAGCUCCCACUGCCACAGCCCCCACUUCCACUGCAUCCACUGCUACAGUCACCACUGUGGCCACCUCUACAGCUCCCACUGCCACCACAUCCACUGCCACAGCCCCCAUUGGCACGACCUCCACUGCCACAGCCCCCACUGUGGCCACCUCUACAGCCCCCACUGCCACCACCUCCACUGCCACAGCCCCCAGUGCCACCACCUCCACUGCCACAGCCCCCAUUGGCCACCUCCACUGCCACAGCCACCACUGUGGCCACCUCUACAGCUCCCACUGCCACCACAACCACUGCCACAGCCACCACUGCCACAGCCACCACUGCCACCACCUCCACAGCCCCCACGACCACCACCUCCACUGCCACAACUCCCACUGCCGCCACCUCCACUGCCACAGGCCCCACUGCCAUCACAUCCACUGCCACAGCCCCCACUCCCACCUCUACAGCUCCCACUGCCACAGCCCCCACUGCCACUGCAUCCACUGCUACAGUCACCACUGUGGCCACCUCUACAGCUCCCACUGCCACCACAUCCACUGCCACAGCCCCCAUUGCCACCACUGUGGCCACCUCUACAGCCCCCACUGCCACCGCAUCCACUGCCACAGCCCCCACGGCCACCACCUCUACAGCCACCACUGCCACAGCCCCCACGGCCACCACCUCCACUGCCACAGCCACCACUGUGGCCACCUCUACAGCCCCCACUGCCACUGCAUCCACUGCCACAGCCACCACUGCGGCCACCUCUACAGCCACCACUGCCACUGCCGCCACCUCUACAGCCCCCACUGCCACUACCUCCACUGCCACAGCCACCACUGUGGCCACCUCUACAGCUCCCACUGCCACCGCAACCACUGCCACCGCCCCCACUGCCACAGCCACCACUGUGGCCACCUCUACAGCUCCCACUGCCACCACAUCCACUGCCACAGCCCCCACUGCCACAGCCACCACUUCCCCACGGCCAGCACCUCCACUGCCACAGCCACCACUGCGGCCACCUCUACAGCCCCCACUGCCACUGCAUCCACUGCCAUAGCCCCCAGUGCCACCUCUACAGCUCCCACUGCCACCACCUCCACUGCCACAGCCCCCACUGUGGCCACCGCUACAGUCACCACUGCAGCCACCUCCACUGCUGCCACUGCCACAGUGGCCACCUCUGCUGCCACAGCCCCCACGGCCCCCACGGCCUCCAGCACCACCACCACUGUGACACCAGCCACGCCGCACACCACGUGGCUGGGGAGCACAGGGGCGACCACGUCCCCCGCCAGCAGUGCCACACCAGCACGUUCCCUUUCCACGGGGCUGACAGUCCGAGUGACAUCCUCGAGGCCCAGCCACACAGGCACGCUCCCAACAUCUGCCACGUCGGUCCUCCCGACUCACACAGCCUCAAGGGGGCCCACCCUGAUGUCGGUGACGACGCAGACCUCCACGUCUCAGCUGCUGACGGGAACAGCAACGGGCACAACGGGCACCACCUCCACGGGCCCGCUGUCCACCUCACACCCUGAGACCAGCACGUUGGGAAUCCUGGUGUCGACGGGCACCACUGGGGCCACCACCAGCACAACCAGUUGUCAACCCAAGUGCCAAUGGACAGAGUGGUUUGAUGUGGACUCCCCCACCUCGGGGGUCAGGGGCGGAGACAUGGAGACCUAUGACGACAUCCGGGCUGCAGGUGGCAAGGUGUGCCAGCAGCCGCAGAAGAUCGAGUGCCGGGCAGAGAGCUUCCCCGAGGUGAGCAUUGAGCAGAUCGGGCAGGAGCUCAGCUGCAGCCUGGAGGUCGGGCUGGUCUGCAGGAACGACGACCAGAAGGGGAAGUUCACCACGUGCUUCAACUACAACAUCCGUGUGUACUGCUGCGAUGAUGUCCGGCACUGCCCCACCACGGCUACCCCCCACCUCACCUCCACCACACUGCCCGCCACCAGCAGCUCCACAGCCACGGUGCCAUGGCCCUCGACCUCUGCCGUGACCCAGACGGGGGCCCCCACCACGGCCCCUCCAGCUACACACGUGAACAAGACCACCUUCGGGACCACCUUGCUGCCCACCCCCGUGACGCCCAACACCCGCUCCCUGCACCCCACGGCCUCCCCUCAGGUCACAGAGCUCCCCACCAGGCCCUCCGAGACCACACCCGGACCCCCCAUCACCACACCCAGCACAGGCCAGGCCACCUCCACCCGUGUGACAGGUCCCUCCUCCACGGGGACCACGCAGAGUGUCUCCACCCCCACCCGUGUGACAGGUCCCUCCUCCACGGGGACCACGCAGAGUGUCUCCACCCCCACCCGUGUGACAGGUCCCUCCUCCACGGGGACCACCGAGGGGGUCUCCACCCCCACCACUCUGACGGGUCCCUCCUCCACGGGGACCACCCAGGGGGUCUCCACCUCAACCCGUGUGACAGGUCCCUCCUACUCUGGAACCACCCAGGGGGUCUCCACCCCCACCCGUGUGACAGGUCCCUUCUCCCCUGGGACCACCGAGAGCGUCUCCACCCCUAGUCCCUCUGCCUUCCCGGGGUCCCCACCCACGACCACCAAGCCAGGCUUGCCCAGUGUCUCUCCUACAGGUCCCCUUUUGACUUCGCCCAUAUCGACCGCCCCCGGGUCCCCACCCACCACCCCUUCCUGGUCUGGGGUGGCCUCUGGCAGCCCGGGGGCCUUCCCCACCUCCACCGCCUCUCCCAGCCCCACCACAGCCUGCCUUUGCCAUGCCUUCGGAAAGCUCUUCCUACCAGGGGACGUCAUCUACAACAAGACCGACGGAGCAGGCUGCCUCUUCUUAGCCAUCUGCAACCAGCGCUGCGACAUCGACCGCUUCCAGGGCCCCUGCCCCACCUUCUCACCCUCGGGGACCUCGGCCUCUGUUCCCCCAACCACCCCAGUUCCCGGCUGCAAUCACACCAUCCCUCCCCGACAGGUGAAUGAGUCCUGGACCCUGGAGGACUGCACGGUGGCUCGGUGUGAGGGCGACAACCGUAUCGUCCUGCUGGGGCCAAAGCCGAUGGGCAACGUCGUCUGCGUGAACGGGCACCUGCCCGUGCGAGUGCAGAGCGGGGAUGGGCCCUGUGACUACAGCUACGAGUGCGAGUGCUCCUGCAGCGGCUGGGGGGACACCCACUACGAGACCUUCGACGGCACCUCCUACUCCUUCCUGGACGAUUGCACCCACGUCCUCAUGCGGGAGAUCCAGCCGCGCCACGGGAACCUCAGCAUCCUCCUACACAACCACUACUGUGAGGCCGCCGCCAGCUGCCCCCGCGCCCUCAGCGUCCACUAUGAGUCCAUGGACAUCGUCCUCACCACCACCCCUGGCGCCGACGGGCAGGAGGAAAGCCUGAUCCUGUUUGGCCAAAUGCCGGUGAGGUCGAGCUUCAGCAAGAACGGCCUGACCGCGACAGCGACGGGGGCCACCGAGAUGAGCAUCGAGAUUCCUGCCGUCGGCGUGAGCGUCAUCUUCAACGGGCGGGUCUUCCAGGCCCGGCUGUCCUACAGCCGCUUCAGCUACAACACCGAGGGCCAGUGUGGCACCUGCACCAACAGCCGCAGGGAUGACUGUCGCCGGCCCGAUGGCACCAUGGCCCCCACCUGCCAGGACAUGGCCCGGUCCUGGCUGGUCGCCAACAGCAGCGAGGAGGGCUGCUGGGCACCGACCGGGCUGCCCCCGACCACCAGCCCCCCCUUGCCGGCACCCAGCACACCCACCUCCACUCCGUGUCCCCCGGAACCCCUCUGCGAGCUGAUGCUGAGCCCGGUGUUCGCCGGGUGCCACGGCCUCAUCCCGCCCGGCCCGUUCUUCAGCACCUGUGUCAGCGACAGCUGCAGGCCCGACCGCCCUGACAGCCCUGAAGCGCUCUGCCAGAGCCUGGAGGCCUACUCUGCGCUCUGCCGCGCCUGGGGCGUGUGCCCCGACUGGCGCAACGCCACCAGCGGGCUGUGCGACCUCACCUGCCCGCCCACCAAGGUGUAUAAGCCGUGUGGCCCCGUGCAGCCCAAGUCCUGUGACUCCAGGAGCCAGAGCCCGGCGAGCAGGGGGCUGGCGGAGGGUUGCUUCUGUCCUGACGGCCACAUCCUGUUCAACUCCCACACGGACGUCUGCGUGCCCGAGUGCCCCUGCGUGGGACCAGAUGGGUUUCCCAAAUUCCCCGGAGAGCGGUGGGUCAGCAACUGUCAGUCCUGCGUGUGUGAUGAAGACUCCGUGUCGGUGCAGUGCGCCCCCGUGCAGUGCGAGGCCCAGGGCCAGCCACAGGAAUGCGGCCGGGCCGGCUUCGUGGCCCAGACCAGGCCCCUGGCCGACAACCCUUGCUGCAUGGAAACUCUGUGUGUCUGCAACAGAAGCACGUGCCCCCAGAGCCCACCCAAGUGUAGGCCGGGAGAGGAGCUGGCCUGCACCCAGGCGGAGGACAGCUGCUGCCCCACCUUCAGCUGCCGGCCUCAGCUGUGCACCUACAACGGCACCGUCUAUGGGGUCGGUGCAACCUUCCCAGCGGUCAUUCCCUGCCACACGUGCACCUGCCUGUCCGUGGACACCCAUGACCCGACCGUGCUGUGUGAGGAGGAUGCCUGCGACACCACUUGUCCCCAGGGCUUCCAGUACUCGAGGGUGGCCGGGCAGUGCUGCGGGGAGUGCGUGCAGACGGCUUGCCUCACGUCCGACGGCUGGCUGGUCCAGCCCAAUGAGACCUGGGUCAACAGCCUCGUGGACAACUGCACGUUGUACCACUGCCAGGCUGAGAACGGGCCCCCUAUGCUGACCCCGACGCCCGUCGCGUGCCCGGACGUGUCCAGCUGCAGGGGCAUCCUCAGGAAAAUCGGCUGCUGCUACUCCUGUGAGGAAGUGGACUCCUGCCAGGUUCGCGCCAGCAUGACGGUCCUGCGACACCAGGGCUGCGCCACCCAGGCCGCCGUCAGCGUCCCCUUCUGCGAGGGCUUCUGCCCAGGAGCGGCCCGGUACUCCAUGGGGGCCCGGGCCACACAGUGCCCGUGCAUCUGCUGCAAGAAGACCAGGGCCCACCAGGAGGUGGUAACCAUGCAGUGUCCCAACGGGACGGCCUUCCAGCACACCUACACCCACGUGGACGAGUGCAGCUGUGGCCCAUCUUGCGUCUCCUCGGCCCAGGCUCCCGAGGACAGCACCCCCAACUUCCCGACCUAUGGGUCCACCAUUGUCUGACGCAUUCUGCCCCCCCUCCGCCCGCCCCACCUGCCCCACCUGGAGCCAGAACACGCACCACCCAACCACGGAAACCGCGGGAGCCCACGCACACCUUCCGUGGAUACCACUGCCCCCGCCCACUUUACACCUGCCCCAGGUGAAACCCAGGCCCUGGCGGGUGACAGCGUAGUGAGGGUCGGCUUGAGGAGGACCCCAGGCUGGGGGGACCUGCCCUCAGAGCCCCUCCUGCCUGCUUUGGCCACCUGCCUGGCCUCCGGGCCCUGACCUUCAUCUGAAACACAAGCACCCGCUCCACCCAGGCUCACCCCCGUCCUGGUGUCAGAGGGAUGCCCGGAGAAAACUGCACACCCACUGCCGUGCUGCUCCCACGGCGGGCCUGUGUGCCCCCCACUGCCCCUCGAAGCCCCACGGUGCACAGGUGCCCGCUGGCUACACCUCUUGCAGCUGAGCGCAGACUGAGGCCUGUCCGGGCAAGGCCGGCUACCUGCCCACGUCCGGACCCCGGCCUGAGGCUCCGAGGGCCAAGGGACGGGCCCCGGCGGGGUCGGCACCCCACAGCACCCGCUCUGCUCACCCAGCCCCCGUCUCUGAAAAUAAACAGCGAGCAUCACAUACGUUUCCUGGUCCUGGCGGAUGUCCCCUCCACGUGUGGGCCGGGCUGUCCAGAGGCACACCCCUGCUGGACCUCCGGGAGGGACAGGCGGGGCAGGAGGCAAGAGGCCCCCAGGGUCAGUCUUGGGCUGCGGGAGUACUGGCCAGAGUCAGGGGUCAUCCGAAGGUUCAAACACACGGGUUUUAUAAGGAGGUUGGUUCACAGCUGCACAAAGACCAGACGAGCCAACGGGGGAGGCCCACGGGGGAUGCAGAGGGCAUCUGUGGGAAGCGCUCCCUGCGCUCUGCGGGGCAUCUCCUUCAGGCACUUGUCACACGUCAACUUGCUGUGUAUCUGACCUUCGCUUCUCUCUCCACCGAGGGCAGGGAUUGCUGCCUUUCUCUUCUGCUGCCCCAUCCAGAGUGGAGAACACUGCCAGCACAGGAAUGGGGUGGGACGAGCUGGGGGCAAGGCUGGGGUGGUGCCCCAGCUUGAGUGUCCACAUGGGCAGGGGCAGCUACGAGAGGGUGGGGCUUCCACCGGGGAGGCAAAGGCGGUGCUGGCCGGGGCCAAGGAAGCCUGGCGAGCAUGUGCGGGGCGGGGGGCUUCUGGGGCCUCCUGCAUCACGUGACCUGCCUCUGCGCUCUGUGUGCGCCUGCCCACCCAGGGAACGGCAGCCACAGUGAGUUACAUUGUCCCCCAUGGGCUGCGGUCCUCAGCUCCCAGGGAAGGCGGGGCCUGUGGUCUCUUUAGUGGCCUUUCCUGCUCACGUCACCGAGGUCUGGUCAGGGCAGGCCACCCUGGGACUGGGCCGGAGCUGGUCCAGGAGGGCUGACGAGGUUACAGUUGCCCCCCUCGGUCACCCCUGGAGUCAACUGUAAGCUUGCCGUCUCACAGUCUGAUUUCCUGGGGCGGCGGCGGGGGGGGGGGGCUGUGGCCGAGUCAUGCCCCAGCCGUGUCUUCGUUAACCCACGUGUAAAACACAGCAUUUCCUAAACGUCAGUCAUUCUCAGGGCACGACUGCUUCCUUAAACCCACGCACCUCUUACAAAACUAAGCGUUUCCAAGGCACCUGUGAAAUGAGUGUCCAUCUCCACAGACCAGAGCUCACGUGUGUGAAGUGUUUUCACCCGUCACAGACUAGAGCUCACUUUGGAGACCAGUGUCCAGAUGUGCUCUCUGCAGGCUCUCUCUCUGCCUGGUGUGGAAUUAAUUAAGGAAACUGAGCUAAAGUUGGAGUCGGGACAGGCCUGCAGGGGAAGCUCUCAUGCCCUCAGCGCAUCAUCAACUACCCCAAACAGGAAGAGACGACCCCCGGCACGACCCUGACAGGAAGGCAUCUCUACGGACCACCCAGCCGUCCAGAGGAAGGAAGGAAACUUCUCUCCUCCCACGGCAGCCCAGCCAAUCAGAGACUGCAGCGGCCCAGCCCAUGGGAAGCCUCCUUGCUCCGGACCCCCAGCUCCUCCAAUGGGCUCUGGAUAUCACAGCCCCUCCCAGCUCCCUUUUUCCCCUA